AUGGAAGUGGGUAUGCUUCCAAUCUCGGCUUCCAAGAGAGGAAAACUCUUGGCUGCUGGUUACACCACUCUCGAUGCCAUUGCUCGUGCCUCCCCCUCCCACCUUGCUCGAGACAUUGAAGUUUCUGAUAAUGAAGCCUCGGAAAUUCUAAAUCUUGCAGCCAAAGCUAGUGCUUCGGAGAAACCAAAUGAGACACACACUACUGUUGUUGGUGGUGGUCGGACUGCCUGGGAUAUGCUCAAUGAUGAGAAGUUUUCUUCUUACAUUACCACAUCUUGUGUGGAUCUGGAUAACAUCCUUGGUGGAGGAAUUAAGUGCAAAGACGUCACUGAAAUAGGUGGAGUUCCAGGCAUUGGUAAAACACAAAUUGGGAUUCAACUUGCAGUAAAUGUUCAAAUUCCACAAGACUACGGUGGCCUAGGUGGGAAGGCAAUAUACAUUGACACAGAAGGAAGCUUUAUGGUUGAACGAGUUCUUCAAAUUGCUGAAGCAUGCAUAGAAGACAUGGAAGAAUAUAGGAACCACUUUCACAAGGAUUUUCAAGCUUGUGAUGUUAAAAUGCACCCUAAUAAUAUCUUGGAAAAUAUAUUCUAUUUUCGUGUUUGCAGCUACACCGAGCAAAUUGCAUUGGUAAAUUACCUAGACAAAUUCAUCAUGGAGAAUAAAGAUGUAAAGAUCAUCAUUGUUGACAGUGUUACUUUCCACUUCCGCCAAGACUUCGAUGAUAUGGCUCUCAGGACUCGAUUACUCAGUGAAAUGGCUUUGAAGUUGAUGAAGCUAGCAAAAAAGUUCUGUUUGGCUGUUGUUAUGUUGAAUCAAGUUACAACCAAGUUCAUUGAAGGUUCAUUUCAUUUGACCCUUGCACUAGGAGAUAGCUGGUCACAUUCAUGCACAAACAGGAUAAUCUUAUUUUGGAAUGGCAAUGAACGACAUGCAUUUAUUGACAAGUCCCCUUCUCUUAAAUCAGCAUCAGCUCCAUAUUCGGUCACCACUAGGGGCAUACGUAAUUCCACUUCAAACUGCAAACGAAUCAAGAUGAUGAACACCUCAGGUAUGGUUCUGUGUCUUCUCUGUCAUGGUUGGAACCUCAAACUUGGUUGGCUGUAUCUUAGGGGCACCGUCAAGUUCGCCGUCAGCUUCUCCUACAAAGAGCUUCGUUCAUAUCUUCUCCCACAGGUAUGGUUCAUAUGUUAUUUUCCAUGGUUGCAACUUGAAACUGGUUCUACUGGUGUUGUACUCCAUGCAUGGUUGAGGUAA